AUGAGUGCUGCGAGCCUCAAGUGCAAGGGCCGCGUGUGGGUGGAGCCCGCGCCCGUGGUGCGGCUGGGCUCGGACAUCGCCAUCGGCUGCCGCUCCCCGCUGCGCUGCCCCUCGCCGCAGCUCCUCAUCCUCCUCAACUACAGCCGCGCCCCGGGGACCCCGCUGGCCCUGCCCGGCGGCGCCGUGCGGCUCCGGCUGCGCCGCUUCCAGACGCCCCUGGCCACCGUCACCUGCUUCUCCCGCUGCCCCCACAGCGACAGCCUGGUGUGCGGCACGGAGCUGCGGGCGGGCUACCCCCCGGACCCCCCCGGCAACCUGAGCUGCGCCAUCGCCGAGGGCUCGGAGCGCCUGCAGUGCGCCUGGCAGCCGGGACGGGUCACGCACCUGCCCACCCGGCACAGCCUCCACCUGCGCAGGGUGGUGGCACGGGAUGAGGAGGAUGAGGAAGAGAAGACCUUCCCUGCAGACUCACCUGUGCUGCUGAGGGAGCUGCACAACGACAGCCACUACUCGGUGUGGGUGCAGGCCAGCAACGCGCUGGGCACUGCCCGCUCGGCCCCGCUGCACCUCAGCCUGCAGGAGCUGGUGGUGCCCGCUCUGCCCGUGCCCGUCAGGGCUGAGACCACGGACGCGUCCCCAGCCAUCACCACCACCCGCUGGAGCAGCCAGACCCGGCUGAGGAGCGUGCACUGCGAGGAGAGGCACAGGCCCACGGGCACCCCCGCCUGGCACGUGGAGCUGUGCGACAAGGUGCCACGGGAGGGUCCCCGCUGGCAGCACGAGCUGCAGAGCGACACCGAGUUCGUGUUCCAGGCCAGGUGCCGGCUCGGCACCGCCCGCAGCCCCUGGAGCGCCUGGAGCCCCCCGCUCCUGUACCGCACCCCCGAGGCAGCCCCCGCUGCCGCUCCCGCCGUGUGGCGGCGCCUGGGCCGGGCGCUGCCCGACGGCAGCCGCGAGGUGACGGUCCUGAUCAAGCCGCUGGCCCCGCGGGAUGCCCGCGGGCGGAUCCUGGGCUACGCCGUGAGCGCCGGGAGCGCGGCGGGAGCGCGGCCGCUGUGCCGCACCGCCGGCACCGAGUGCGCCGUGCUGGUGCCGCCCGGAGCCCGCAGCCUCCUCGUCACCGCCCGCAACGCCAAAGGGACCUCCAGCCCCGCCAGCAUCCCCCUGAACGCCGCUGCGGAGCAGGAAGCAUUCCCAGCCCCAGAGGCCGUGGAGGUGAAGCCGGAGCAGCAGAGCAGGCUGCUGGUCCAGUGGCAGCCCCCCGCGGCCAGCCCGAGCCCCCUGCUCUGGUUCAUCCUGGAGUGGGUGUCCAGCCCCCAGCACGGCCAGCAGGAGCAGUUCUGCUGGGAGAGAAUCCCGCACGGCGAAACGCACGCCUACAUCCAAGGGCCAGCGGCGCUCCCGAGCGUGCGGCUGUUCGCGGUGUACCCCGGCGGGAGCAGCGCGCCCCGGCCCGGCACAGAACCAAGGCGGGUUUUGUGUGCCCAGAGCCCUGUAAAGCAGCACAGACAUUCCCCCCUCUCUGUUGCAGCCCCUGCAGAGGAGCCGCUCCUGAGCAGCGCCCACAGCCCGACGUCCCUGGAUGAUGACAUCCGAGUUCUCCUGGGACUGAGCCUCAGCGUGCUGGGAUCAUCCGUUCUCUUUGCAAUUGUGAUGUUUAAGAAAUCAGUCAGGAAAAGGGUAAAGGCCACCCUUGUGUCCCUGCUGCCCAAGUGGCUCUUUGAGGACUUUCCCCGCAUGGAGAACAGCAGCGUGGUGAAGUCACUCCAGGACAAGGCGGAUUUCCCCAGCUCCAGCCUCCAGGAGCCCUUCCUGGCCCCCGCUGACCCCGCGGUCACGGAUGUCCAGGAGGUGCCGGCGCAGGAGCGGCCCCAGAGCCUGGACACGGAGGUGCCCGAGCCCAGGGGGGUCCCAGGGGCCGUGGUGGCCCCCAGCAGCGUGUCCCCAGGGCAGCUGGGUGCCUACAAGCCGCAGCUCUCCGUCGGGAACGCUUUGGGGUACGUGGCUGCUGGGAUCCCCCAGGCGCAGCCACCCGCGGCAGAGGCGGGGAUGUCCUGCCUGGACUACAGCAGCCCCGUCCCCCCGCUGUGGGAGCAGCAGGGAGGGACACCCCAGCUGUGCCUGCUGGACAAGAUCAACCUGGUGCUCAACAGCAGCCUGGAAUUCCCGGGGCGGGCGGGACCCGGACCCGGCCCGGAGCAGCGCUGGGAGCCGCCCGGGGACGGCCCCGAGCAGAUGCUGGUCCCCGAGGAGCUGCUGUCCUGCCUGAGAGCCACCAACGGGGACCCUGCCGCCCACAGAGCGUGGCAGGGCUGCUCUGGGAGCAGCUGGGACUGGGGAUAA